AUGCUCUUUGCGUUCUCUCUCGCUGCGUUUGCCUUGGCGUGGGAUAAAGUUUGUGUGGUCGAGCCGCUUGGUGGAGGACGCGAUGAUGGGCCUAGUAUUAAUGAUGCGUUCUCUGAGUGCUCAAGCAACGCCGCAGUCAUCCUGUAUAGUUACUAUAGCGUAAACACGCUCCUCAAGACUGAAGGGCUAAAGAAUGUCGAUAUUGUUCUUAGCGGGACAGUGCAAUACACGCCGAACAUCGCGUAUUGGUCUCCGAAUAGUCUGUACAUGACAUACCAGAACGCAACAACGUUCUGGUUCCUCUCCGGAGACAACAUUCACCUCUAUGGUGGUGGAACCAUUGAUGGGAAUGGCCAAGUCUGGUGGGACGAGUACGCAAUUAGCGGGGACUCUGGCACGGCUGGUGGCUCCUCCACAACUUUCGCACGUCCCGUGCCGUUGACUGUGGGCAAUGCCUCUAAUGUGGUCAUCGAGAAUAUCACAGAAAUUAGUUCGCCGUUCUGGAUCGUGUACCAGAGUACGAACGUGCGCAAUGAUCUCGAGUUCUCUACAACUGCCUCGAACCGUGUUGGGUCGGCCGGCUCAGAUGGAUGGGACAUCUAUCGUUCGUCCUAUGUGACUAUAACGGACUCCACGGUAAACAAUGACGACGACUGCGUUUCUUUCAAACCGAACUCUACCAAUAUCGUCGUCAGUAAUAUGUGGUGCAACGGUUCGCAUGGUAUCUCUGUUGGUAGUCUCGGGCAGUAUGCUGGCGAAACCGACAUUGUCGAAAACGUAUACGUCUCAAAUAUAACGAUGCGCAACGCGCAGAAUGGCGCGCGUAUCAAGGUGUUCGGCGGAAACCCCAGUCCUAUGGUCCUCAUGAAUGAUGCGGAAUUAGCGAGCACGGCAGGCGGAGGCACUGGAUAUGUAAAGAACAUCACCUUCGAGAACUUUUACGUAUACAAUGUAGACAACCCGAUUUUGAUCGAUCAGUGCUACGACACCAGCGCGAGUAUGUGUGAGGAGUACCCGAGCAACCUAACUAUCUCAGACAUUCACUAUAUCAACGUGACUGGUACGUCGUCCGGGGAGGAGGGAAACGUGGUCGUCGAUUUAGACUGCUCGGACGAGUGUGAAGAUAUUACUGCGACGGGCACGCACCUAAGCGCGCCAAAUGGCACAGCAACUUAUAUCUGCGUCAAUAUCGCAAGCGUCAGUGAGCUCGACUUCAACUGUAGUUCAACUUGA